AUGGCCGUCGAUGUUCAAAAUGAUAGCAUUGCUGCCCGCACAACUGUUCAUGGACCGCUUUUCCGGAGGAUGAAGCUUCAGAAGACGAUAUUCCUCGGUCCGAGUGCUAUACGUCUUCCUAAUGCUCGUCCUAGCUUAGACGAAUUGGAAGUGGACACGCUCGAGCCGGCAGAGCUCCCCAUCCUUGCGACGCAGCUAUCCGUCAAGUUCCCCACGGAGACAGCACCCCGCGGGCUGGAGUCUUGGUACCUUCUGCGUGGGCUGGAAGAAGGACGCAGGUACGAAGUGCGCAUCUGCUGGCCAGCAUUCCAACCCACCGACUUCUGGCUGGAUACGUUCCCAAUCACUCAGGUCUUCGAGACUCCUGAACUGAUAUCGUCACUCGCCGGCUACAGCGACCGAGGGCGGACACUACCGCUACAGAGGCUCGGUUACACGACAGACGGUUCCGCAACAGCUCAGUCCGUCCUUCUCCUACGCGUCCAGGCUGCAGCGUCAUACUAUUCGACGAAUAAGACGUUAAUGGCAUAUCCUUCUCCGGUAGACGUCGACAUUAUCCUUGACCCCUUCAUACUCAACGUCCUGCCCCGCUCUUUAGGGCCAACCGCCAUAUACAUCAUCGCUGUAGCAGUGGCCGCCUACUUCAUAUCGGGGUAUAUAUACCGCUGGACUAUUACUGUCUCGAAGGAGUUCGAGGAGAAGGACCACAAGGAGUGA